UCCCCGCUCGGACUUAAACCCCCCCACAAAAAAAAAAAAAAAAUCCCCCACCUCCUCGGAUUCCCCUCUCCUCCUCCUACUUCCUCUCCGGCGAACCCCACGCGGCGGCGGAAUGGGGAACUCCUGCUCCUCCGUCGACGAGAGCGCCGCCGCCAUCGCCACAUUAGCGGAGAGCGCUGCUGCAGGGGCUCGGGAAACCGUCGCCGACGAGUUCGCCAGGGCAGCGGGGUCGGGAGCGGGAGGGCGAGGCGACGUCGCCGGAUCAGCGGCCGCAGGAGUCGCCUCUGGAGCGGGAGGGCGAGACGACGCCGCCGGGGACGAGGUUGUGAUCGCUGGCGUCCUGUCGCUGGCCGACGGGCAGAAAGCCGCCGCCGCGGGCGCCAUUAGCGGGGUCGAGUCGAUGCAGUCCUACAUGAGAGGUACUCGAUUCUUCUGUUUCGGAGAGCGCGUGUGCUCGGACCAGAUGGCCGCGCUCAAGAUGGCCGCCGCGUGUGGUUCGGCCGCCGGCAUGAGGGCGGUAGCCAUGGUUGCCGCCCGAGCUCGGCACGCCGCACGGAUUGCCGCGAAUCCAGACGUUGAGAAUCCUCUGCAUGAUAUCCCCGAGGAUCGUCCUGAUUACAUGCUAUCCGCCGCUGCCACUGGAGCAAGAGCAGGGGUUCUAUGUGCACGGAUGAAGAUACAAGCAGCUGGUGGUGAUUCUACUUCACAUGCGAAGUAUGUCCCUUUUCUCGCACCGUUCAUUGGAGGUGCACUACCAGGGUCAUAUGCGGCCUAUCACCUCGUGAAACAUUCUCCUGAAUGGGUCAUGGGCGUGGUCUUUGGUAGCAUUUCUUUGGGUUUCUUCGCAGCUUGCACAGGAACUGUUUCUGGUUUACUAGGCACGUCAUCCGCCACAUUCCAGUACAGCAGAUUUGCUGCCAUUACAACCUUCACGGCUGUAUGGUUUUUAUUCAGCUUCGCUAUGACUUCCGUGUUUUCAAAAACAUGGCGCAAGAUUCUCUGUGGAUUUAUAUGUGGUGUGCCUGGGGUAACUUUCGUGGGGGCCUGGCUAUAUUCAGGGUGGUGAGAACGAGUUGCAACAACCGUUUCAUCUGUGGAGACUAUAGUUUACCAUAGCUUGUUUUCUUUGAUGUGGUUGUAGAGACUUCCAUCCACAUAGUACAGUCUUUACUUCAGUACAUUUUCGUAGUGAUUACAGAACAUGACAAAGGGAGAACAGAUCAUAGUUCCUACCCAUAUACAGGGUGAAAAGGUGGUGCUAAAACCUCUCUUUAAAUCAAAUAUUUUCCAAUAUGCAAGGGGCCUGUUUGCAAAUCUUUUUUUGCCCUUGCUUUUGGAUGGGACCAUUCCUAUCAAAACAGUAAAUACUGUUGUUCUGGGUG